GAAGCGGCCGCAGCGAGUCUCUCCCCAGCCGAAGAAGCGGAUCCCAGAGGGCCCUGAAGGGGGAAAUGGAAGCGCAGGCGGAGGAAGGUCUGUUGGAAAGGCAAGUGUUACAUGAAGUAGAUGAAGACAUGGUCACUGAUGUUGAUUUUACCAACAUGAUUUCUGAAGAAGAGCAAGAAGAAUUAAAAGCUGAACUUGUCAAGCUUGAAGAUGAAAUUGCAACUUUGCGACAAGUGUUGGCAGCAAAAGAGAAGCAUCUUGUGGAAAUAAAACAAAAGCUUGGCAUCAACCUGAUGAAUGAACUGAAACAGAACUUCAGCAAGGGCUGGCAUGAUGUACAAACGACAACUGCAUACAAGAAGACACAAGAGACUCUGAGUCAAGCAGGUCAAAAGGCAACAGCAGCUUUCAGCAAUGUUGGAACAGUCAUCAGCAAGAAGUUUGGAGAUAUGAGGUCACAUUCACUUGGUUACUCUAUUCGCCAUUCCAUUAGUAUGCCUGCUAUGAGGAAUUCUCCUACAUUCAAAUCCUUUGAAGAAAAGGUUGAGACCACUGUCACAAGCCUUAAGACAAAAGUUGGAGGUGCGAGCCAUAGCGGAGGAAGUUUUGAGGAGGUUCUCAAUUCUGCUGCCCAUGCCAGUGCUCAGAGUUCCACUGUGAGCACUCGACUCCCAGAAACAGAAGAGGAGCUUCAAUGCUAGACUGAAGGGAUGCUAAUCAUUCUCUCCAUCCCAUGUCUCGGGUCCAAUUCACACAUGAAGCCCUGUUUAUUUUUGCUUCAGGAUUGAGUAUGACUGUAUGCUGAAACAUUAGUGUAAAGCAGAGU